AUGUCGGACGAUGAGAUGCCCGAAUUGUCGUCGACGGCGUUGGCAGCGUUGGCGGAAUUUCGCGAAGAAGAGCGCCGAAAAAAUGAGGAGUUGUUGCGCGGCGACACGAAAUCGGCAAAGAUUGAUGAGGACUGGCAGUUGAGCCAAUUUUGGUACGACGAGGCGACGUCGAGACGCCUCGUCGACGAGGCUCUCGCAACGAAAUGCUCAAACAUCGCUUGCGUCUCAUCGCCGACACUCAUGCAAUUCUUUCACGAGACCCAGGAAUACAAAAACGGCGAGAUUUCGUUGAAGGUGUUCGAGUUUGACACGCGAUUCGGACUCAAAUUUCCCGACGAAUUUGUGUUCUACGACUACAAGAAGCCGACGGAGAUACCGAAACAGCUUCUCGGCGCAUUCGAUUUGGUGAUUGCCGAUCCGCCGUUUUUGGCCGCCGAAUGCCUUAUAAAGACGUCGCACACGGUUCGACUCAUCGGCAAACCCGAUGUGAAGGUGAUAUUGUGCACGGGAGCAAUAAUGGACGAUUAUAUUUUCCGAAAUUUUCAGGCGUCUCGACUAUUGGGAAUGCAUCGAACGUCGUUCGAACCGCAUCACGCCAACAAUCUCGCCAACGAUUUUGCGUGUUUCGCGAAUUACCCGACGAAAACCUUAUAA